AUGGCGCCCAUUCCAGUUACGGGUGUCCAGUCUGGAAAUGGCCCUCGUGGUGAAAUUCCUCUUCGUCUAGAAAUCCAUGAAUUGCAAAAGGAUGUCCCCAAAUGGAGUCUUUACGUCCUUGCAUUGAGGAUCUUUUACGAUAGACCUCCAGAGCACCCCAAAUCAUACUUUCAGAUUUCAGGGAUUCAUGGAAUGCCAUAUCUGCCAUGGAACGGUGAAGAGGUUCCUAAAAAUGGACCAAAACCAACAGGCUAUUGUACCCAUAGCACCGUUCUUUUUCCGAGUUGGCAUCGCCCAUAUGUUGCUCUCUACGAGCAAUGCAUCCAAGAAAUAAUAGCCACUGAGAUCUUUCCAAAAAUACCCACGAGUGACAAAGAUUAUGAGAAGUAUAAAACAGCGACUGAAACCUUUCGGAUCCCCUACUGGGAUUGGGCGCUUCCUCCUCCAGACUCACAGCAGGAGGUUAUAAACAAGUGGCUCCCUCCGACCUCUCAGGAAAAGGAAGUUCCAAACUUGGUCCCUGGCUUCCCCGAGGUGAUAGACAACCCACUCUAUCAGUAUUCCUUAAAGCCAGACGGGAAGAAGACAACAUGGGGUGACUAUGGUGUUGGUACACUGCAAGUCGGACCCACCGAAGAUGUAGAGGAGGCCGAGGCCGCUGGCAUAAUGUGGACGCAAGACUUCCCCCAGAAAUGGCGCGACGGAGAAAUAUUGACUUACGAGGUAUACAAGAACUUCACAAACACUCUGCCUUGGUUCAUUCCAGGCACCCCAGAUAUUUCAAAGAAGGACCAUGAUGCAGCCGAAAAUAUUUGGCGUCUAUUCAACUAUUCUUUGACUUACCCGGCUUUUGCCACUAACGGUGAUCUUCCAAAAACCGAAGACGAGGUAAAAACAAAACACUGGUAUCAGAGUUUGGAAUCAAUUCACAAUAAUGUCCACCUUUUUGCUGGUGGUGAUAACAAUGGACACAUGGCACAAGUCCCUGUUGCUGCUUUUGAUCCAUUUUUCUGGCUUCACCAUGCCAACGUCGAGCGAUUCUACUCAAUAUGGCAAUUUUUGAACAGUGAUAAAUGGUUUGAAGACACGACAGAGAUUCUGAAAGAUGCAUCUGGAAACAUGCUGAACGACAAGGGCGAAGUUGUUGAGAAGGAAGAAGAUGCAAUGCGUAUUACUGUUGGCCCAACCACUCCACUUGCACCUUUCCGCAACAAACAGGGUAAUUUCUAUAACUCAAACGGCGUGCGCGAUUGCACAGUAUUCAAUUAUACUUACCCAGAGCUGCAAACCUGGAACUAUCCGAAUAAGGGCGAACACGAGAUCGCAAUAUGGUCUACAAUCAACCGGUUGUACGCUGGCUAUAAAACAACUCUCCUCAAAACCAGAAAGACAACCAGCACCGAAACUCUUGAAGUUGUCAUCAAUGUCAGCUUCUACAAGUUCCUCUUUUCCGGCAUGCCUUUUAAUGUGAAGAUAUACCUUCAGCAUGGUGAUAAGAAAGAUCCUUCAAAGGAUUUGAUCGGCAACGUGUAUAACUUUAGCGCCCCUUCAACUGCCGGUGGGAAAGAAGUUUGCUCCAACUGCACAAUCCUUGAGUUGAGCAGUGCUACUUGUACCGCCCAGCUGGUCAUCAGCCAUUUGUUAAGAUUCUUCCCUCUUUAUCCGGGUGACGAAAACAUCGAUAUCGAAAACGGUGAUCAGGUUGAGAAUUUCCUGAAGAAGCGCCUUUAUGUUCAGGUUGUCACGUCGACCGGAAGGGAAAUAGUUCCCCCCAAUACAAAGGAUAACAAACCCGCCAUCACUGUGGCUAUCGCCCACUGUAAAGCCAGAUACUCGGCUGACAUUACAAAGAGAACCGAAUUCAACCCAUUGCACAACUUCGUUUCCCUGGCAGGUGACGUUGCUGAGCUUUUGGUCGUUGGUACAGGUGCCCUAGUCCUGUCGGCCACUGGUUCUAUUCUCGGGACUAUUAAUCCUGAAGGAAAGGUGGCUCUCAGGGAUGGUGCUACUAAGAGCCUUAAAGAUGUAUCCGGUAUCUCCAAUAGAGGGGCGAAGGAUCUCGUCGACCUGGCAGGCGGCUUAGCCACGAGCGCAUUAACCACGGGACUCAACGUUCUCGGUGGCGGUAAAAAAGACAAUCAAGGCGGAAGAGGCGGCGGGCUUGGACUGUUUUGA